AUGAUAUGGGUUCAAGAAAUUUUUUAUGAAGCAAAAGGCUUAAUUGAUUAUUUUUAUAGAUCUGUCAUUGUCUUACAGUUGAUGAGACAAUUCACAGACAGAGAUCUGAAAUACCCUUGUAAAAUCAGAUUUGCUUCCAACUUCUUAAUGCUUCAGUCCAUUGUUGAAGUAGAAGAGAAGCUUAGACUCCUAGUUGCAUCAGCGGAGUGGAGAGGUCUAAGAAAUUCUAGAUCUUUUGAAGCAAGUAGGGUAUUGAAUACUAUUCAAAGAGAAUCAUUUUGGAUUGAGUCAAAAGAGAUUCUGAUGUUUAUGGAACCCAUCGUUCGGGUUUUUCGUUUUGUUGAUGGUGAUGGGCUUACCUCGGGGUACUUGUAUGAGGCAAUGGAAAGAGCAAGAAGGGUACUAGAACAACUUAAGGAGACAGAUAAUCGGUAUGAGCAGAUUUUGAAAAUCUUUGAUAAAAGAAGGGAUGAAAACAGUUUGAGUCAAAUUCACUAUGCCGCUGCCAUUCUUAACAUUGCUUAUUAUUGUGGUCCAAGAUUUAAAAAGAAUCUUAAAUUCAAAGAAGCAACAGAGUUCAUUGGUGAUACAUUGGUUCCACAAGCUGAGAGGGGAGAUUUUUAUGAACAAUUGGCAUCAUAUCAAAUGAAGAGUUCAUUGAUUUUUUCUUCAAGUGCCAUGAUAAUGAUGGAAAAAUGUCGUCCUCCCAACCAUGUAGUUCUUCAGCCUGUGAGAGAAAUUGAAGUGCUUGAGAUGCUGCACAAACAAAAAAAGAGGAACAGGUUGUCAGCAGAGAUAUUAGUUGAUUUAGUUUAUGUCAGGAUGAAGUCAUUGAUGAUGGAAAAGAAGGCUACACUUGAACAGAAAAAUAUGUUGCCUAUUAAUCUUGACAACAUAAGUGUCUACUAUGAUGAUGAGAAUGUUGAAGACAUUGAUAGAGAGAUUGUUGGAUGA